GUUUGGAGGAGGGAGGUCUCUGUGUGUCUCUCUUGUGUGUCUCUCUGUGUCCAGCAAACACUGAGACUGGUGCAAAGCUCAAGGUGUGCGCUCACAUCUCCCUCUAACUUUGAUACCUGCGCUUGGUGCUCUCUCGCGUCCGCGUGGGUCAGACUUGCAGGCAGAAUUGAUGAUGGGCUCGGUGCUGCCGGCUGAAGCGUUGGUGCUGAAGGCUGGGCUCAAACAGCCAGGGCUCUCCUUGGCAGAGCUCAUUACCUCGGACAUCCUACACAGCUUCCUCUAUGGGCGCUGGAGAAACGUCUUAGGGGAACAAAUGUUUGAGGAGAAGAACAAUCACAUCAGCCCCAAAACUGCUUUCACCGCAGAGGUCCUGGCACAGUCCUUCUCAGGGGAAGUCCAGAAGCUCUCCAGCUUGGUGCUGCCCUCUGAAGUCAUCAUUGCCCAGAGUUCCAUUCCUGGUGAGGGACUGGGCAUCUUCUCCAAGACCUGGAUCAAAGCUGGCACAGAGAUGGGUCCUUUCACUGGCAGAGUCAUUUCCCCAGAGCAUGUGGAUCUGUGCAAAAACAACAACCUGAUGUGGGAGGUGUUUAAUGAAGAUGGCACCGUGCGCUAUUUUAUUGAUGCCAGCCAAGAGGACCAUCGCAGUUGGAUGACGUACAUCAAGUGUGCAAGGAAUGAGCAAGAGCAGAACCUGGAGGUUGUGCAGAUUGGCAACAGCAUCUUCUACAAAGCCACCGAGACUAUCCCACCGGAUCAGGAGUUGUUGGUUUGGUAUGGAAAUUCCCUGAGUAGCUUCCUUGGAAUCCCAGGGGUACCAGGAAUGGAAGAGGAACAGAAAAAGAACAAGCAAGAGGAAUUUGGAAUCGUGGACUCCACAGGGCCGUCGCUAGCAGGCCGCAUGCGUUGUGUCAUUUGCCACCGUGGUUUCAAUUCUCGCAGCAACCUGCGCUCCCACAUGCGCAUCCACACCCUAGACAAGCCCUUUGUCUGCCGCUUCUGCAACCGCCGCUUCAGCCAGUCCUCUACCCUACGUAACCACGUCCGCCUGCACACUGGGGAGCGCCCGUAUAAAUGCCAAGUGUGCCAAAGCGCCUACUCACAGCUGGCCGGCCUACGAGCCCAUCAGAAAAGCGCCAGGCACCGUCCACCCAAUGGUUCCUUGCAGACCCAUUCCCCAACCUUGCCAGUGCCACACCCUGCCACCCUGGCACACCACAUUCCAACCAUGGUGCUGUGAAGGCCAUGCCCACUGCAUUGAACUCGAACCCUAGCUUCAAUAUGAACUACGCUCUUUGGUAUUGGACAGAGCUGCCAUAUCUGUUUAUGUUUAUUCUGCAGGUGGCAGUUGGAGUUACCGUGCCAUCAAGCCUUGGCCUGUUUCACACAGGGGUCCUCCAGCAGUACCAGGCUCUGCAGAUUCUGUUAGCUGACGCUAACCUUGUAUAAAGGCUUAAUAUAAAUAAAUAUAUAAAUAUAUAUAUAAAUAUCUUAUUAAAAAAAACAAACAAAAACAAAGAAAUGAACGUAUAUUACCUCUAAAGUAUAUGUAUCGGGUUUUAACCCCUGAAUGGGAAAAUGAAACAAACGAGUCACUUUAUUUCUGUAAAUAUGUACAACCUGCUGUCCCCCGUGACAUGUAGAAUAUUUGUAAGAUAUUUGUACCUUUCUGUAAUGAUCACUUAUUCCCAAAAUAAAGGAACAAACAAAUAAA